GCAGCUGUGUACACACACACACACACACACACUACAGCAGGGCCUACAUCCAAAGCUGCAGCGCGAGCAACGAUGGCAGGAAUAUAACGACAUUUCAUUUAAUACAUAUAAUCAGGAAAUCUGCAAAAAAUGGAGAGAGGACAUUUUGGCUACUCCCAAGACUAUCUUGACCGCUUUAUCCAAAGCCAAGACUCGUCUGUUGUGAACAAGUUCCAGCAGAAGUACUGGAAGACAAAACAGACACUCAUCAAGGUCACCGGGAAGAAAGAGGACGAACACGUUGUGGCGUCAGAUGCAGAACUGGACGGCAAGCUGGAGGUUUUUCACUCCGUCCAGAGAACAUGCAUGGAGCUGCUAAAGGUCAUUGAGCAGUACCAGAGGAGGAUAUGCUUCCUUUCCCAAGAGGAGAACGAGCUGGGACGCUUCCUGCGCUCCCAGGGCUCGCAGGAUAAAACCAGAGCUGGAAAGAUCAUGCAGGCCACGGGGAAGGCUCUCUGCUUCUCUUCCCAACAGAGAUUGGCCCUGAGGAACCCUCUGUGCCGCUUGUACCAGGAGGUGGAAACGUUUCGCUAUCGAGCGAUCUCAGACACGUGGCUGACGGUGAACCGGAUGGAGCAGUCCAGGACUGAAUACCGCGGAGCGCUGCUUUGGAUGAAGGACGUUUCACAGGAGCUGGAUCCGGAUACUAGUAAACAGAUGGAGAAAUUUCGCAAGGUUCAGGCCCAGGUGCGCACUACAAAAACAAGCUUUGACAAAUUGAAGACCGAUGUCUGCCAGAAAGUGGACCUGCUGGGAGCCAGUCGCUGCAACCUCCUCUCUCACGUCUUAACCACAUAUCAGACAACACUUUUGCACUUCUGGGAGAAGACAUCCCACACUAUGGCAGCCAUUCAUGAAAGCUUCAAGGGCUGUCAGCAUUAUGAGUUCUCCACUCUUAAGACCUUACAAGGCCCCAUGGACAAGAUCGCUAAGAAAAAAGGGAAGAAGAGAAUUAAAGCAGUGGCUGAGGAUGGAAAGAAAGCAGAGCCCACAGACGACCAACUCAUCUCAUUAGAGAACGAAAACGGCGAUAAGACCAGAGAAGGGCAUGGAGAUAGUCUCUCUGCCUACUUAGAGUUCGAGGGAGAAGAGAAGGACAACAUGGCGUUGCUGAAUGAGAUCCUGGGCAGUACGUCCGUGGACGAGGGCGACUUCUCCAGAGAGUGGACCGAAGUGUUUGGAGACAUGGAGGAGGGAUCAGCAUCAGGCCGAGCAGCCGAGGCUCAGCAGAAGGAAAACUCCUUCUUUCUACCUUCUCAUUUAUUGGACCAGAGCUUGAAUAAUCUGCAGUCUUCCCUCUCAGAUCGGGCUGGGAUCAUUCCACAGCCCGUCGCCCAGGCAACGCAGCACUCAUCUGGAUCCAAUCAGGACGCUUCUAAGGCAGCAGUGAAAGACAAAGCGGGGACGUCAGCAGACCUCUCAGCGUGGUUCAACCUGUUCGCCGACUUGGACCCGCUCUCUAAUCCAGAUGCUGUUGGCAAAACUGACCUAGAGCACGAACUUCACAACGCCUAGUUAUACGACCAACACAUGGUGAUCUGAAAUGGGUUCCUUUGUUGGUUGGUACAGCAGAAUAUCACUUUCACCCACACACACACACACACACACACACACACACACACAAAAUAGUCUUCUCUUGAGGCAUCAAGUAGACAUUCUGCCAAUCAUGAAGUCAAUUAAUCAAUAAACAGAUAACUCACCUCAAACUCAUACCCAAAUAUUUGUGGCGAUUUACGAAAUAUUGAAGCAAACUUAAUAUCUUUGGGUUUGGACAGUUGGCUAGAACACAAUAUAACAACCAGUGGAAUGGGUGUUUUCACUAAAUCCAAAAAGUUAAAUCUUAGAAUUAAAAAUAAAUCACUAGUACUUUUUGUUAAACCACAUACACACUAAUGGUCCCUUAUUAUAAUGAUAGCUUCUUUAUAAAAACAAACAGACAAAGAGGCAGGUACAAGCUUUCACAAAAUGCCUCAUCAUUACAGUAUCUUAUAACGACAUGUAUUUUGUCAUAACAGGAGAAAUGUCAUAACAGGUCAUUGAUCAGAUUGUUUCUCUUGGUGGCAGUAUUGCACUUCUAACAACUAGCAGCUGUAGUUCUUCCCAUUGUGAAGACAAGAAAGAUUUACAAGUUUGCCUCUUCUGCUUUGGUUAAAAAUAAAAGGUUUAUCAUCGAUACCUCGGUAUGAGAUCUGAAACAAGAAGCCUUCUACAUUUGCUGCCUUGACAUCUGUAGUCUCUAGUAUCAUUCUCCACAAGUCCAGGUGUUAACGAAAUGCUGCAACAUAGUGAGAAACGUUAGUGAUGUCAGGAAGAAAUAUUCAAAAAUAAACUGAUACAUCAUUUAUUCAGCCAGCGAUCGUCCUCCACUGAGAAUCAUUUGCAACUAUUUCACAAAGCACUUCAACAGGUGGACUAAGAGCCAAUGUUUCCUAGACAUGUAUUAUUUUGAAAUGUGUUUGCUACAUGCUGUCUUUGUUAAGCUCUGUUGAAGAUAUUGCAGAAUAUAUAAACAUAUCAUUCCUGUUUUACUGCAUGUUGCAUGUUAUUCAGUAAGUGUCAUUGAAUGGAUAAUGCGUGUGUUAUUGAGAGACUUUUCAUCCAUUUAUUUAACUCACUCACUUAGCUCCCAUUGAAAAAAAGAGGCAAUUUUUAGUGGAUAAUUUCCAGAGCCAAAGUAGACAGAAAGUUGGAUAAUCAUGAAAAUACAAUCAAGUUGUUCUGAUUCACAUUACAAUGCUGCACACACUAGAUGUCCGGUUAAGAGUCUUAAUCUGAUAACAAAUAAACAAUAUAGAACCUCAUCAUUAUUAUAAUUGGAUUCCUUAGGUAUAUUGAUAUUUGUUUUGGUGCAGCUAUGAUGUUAUAAGCCAUGUGACGUGUGUUAAUAUUGAACAUAAACCAAAUACAUUGAUUGCCUUACCUUGACUCCUACUUGUACGUAAAUGCCAUGCUUUGAAAUACUGAUUCUAAUUGUUGAUGUGUCUGUCUUUGCUAAGGCCUUUAAAAAGAUGACAUACCAAUGCAAAAAGA